GAGAUAAUUUACACCCAUAGAUUCCACGCUCAGCUUCCUGUAUUGAUCACAGUAACGAGGAAUUCUGGAAAGAAUUACAGGCUCUUGUAUGAAAAUAAUGCUCUCAUCAUGGCCCGAUAUCCAACCAGGCUACCCAGAGAUGAAACUGGAAUUUCGACAAAUAAAAAGCCCGUGAUUUCUGGAAGAAUAACACGCAGCCAGAGUGUGAAUGUCGAAGAUAAAAGCUUUCCACCAACAAAAAAGCACACUAAAAGACUUGUUAAACCCAAAAUGAAGACUUGUCUAGGUACAGCGAUAGUAGCCUCCGAUGAGAACUUACGCGUCGGGAGUACAUGUCUAUCAAAUACUAGCAUUACAGGGGUUAAAGAAAAUUGUCAAGAUCAGAGUAAUAAAGAUCUAGUAUUUGAACAAGAACUAGCUCAUGGUUACCCCAAUGAAGCUGAAAUAAUAUGCGAUUCCACUUGCGAUCGAAAGUCAUCUAUUGAGCAUUCUGAUACUGAGAAAAAUCUAAAUACCCAGAACCAGUAUUUAGAGAUUAAUGCUGGGAAUAUGAUCGAUUAUCUAAAUCUUCUGAUGCUCGAAACAUACCGAAUGCUUGAAUUGAUUGCACCCAAGGAUUUUUUAGAACAGGACUACUAUGAUCUGAUCAGAGAUUUACAGAUUUCAGAUUCAUUGCGAGCAAGACAAUUCAAGUUAUACAAGCGGAGAUUUGACCAUAAUCUACAAGUUUAUCUUACGGACUCAUAUGCCGGCCCUCAAUACAUGGAGAUCAAACAAAUUGUCCGAGCACUACUCGAAACUGAGGAGGCCAUAGAGAGCUCAUAUCGGCCCGAUGCUGUAUUCUACGCAUCAAACAUUGUAAUUUUGCUGAAGGAAAUUUUGAUCAUCAAUCGGGGAGAUCAAUCUAGCAAUAAUCUUACAAGAAAAUUGUUCUCUUAUUUCCCAAGACCCUUUAUUAAUGAGUUUCAAGUCGACUUCAAAUAUGGAAACAGUGCGCUGGAAAAUGAAACGUUUGACCUCGGCCUAGAAAUUAAAACACAGAACUUCUUGACUGAUCUCAAAUCACAGCAUGUUGACUUACACCUUGAUGAUAUCCUUCAGGAAUUGAAAGAACACUUCUUUUGUCAGCCACUGAAUUAUUCACUCAGAUUUCAAGAUUUUAUCGAAGAGGGCAGCUUGAAAUCUAUCUUGUGUGGACGUCCCAACUCUCUUCAACAGUCAGAAAAAAUAAAAUCUAGAUUAUGCCUUAUUUAUUCUCACUUAAAUUGCAAAGAAGUCAUAAUGGAGUCAACUAACUACGUUGACCUUGAUUGUUUAGAAAAGAAAUUUCCAUGGGAUCGAUUUCUCAUUAUGCUAGUCCAAUGGAGCCGUUUGCGCACAAACGAGCUACUAAUUAGCAUUCAGAGGCAAGGCGGAAUUGACAACAUCACUUCACAGCUGUCUGAAAAAAUGCAAAGUCAUUAUUCGCCUCUCCCGGAAUAUUUACAGUCAAAAGGAUUAGGUGCAGGUGGAAUAGUUUCGUUAACACAUAGGCUGUAUGAUGGAAGUCUACUCAGUAAGAAAAAUAUUCGGAGACUACGUGGAAUGAAAAGAAUGUCCAACUCAAACUUGGUCGAACAGAAACAGAAGCCCAAUGAUGAAUCGCUUCUGUUAAGCGGCUCAGAUAAUCGGUUGCGUACAGAGGAUCCAGAACUCCCUCAAACUGGAGAUUCAUCGAGAGAGAGUAGUGAAAACUUGUUUUGUGAAGAAACUGUAACCAAAGAUGAGGUAGUUUCGGAUGUUGAAGUCAAGGUUGAGGAUGUAGAUAACGUCCAUGUUGACGAAUUGGCAGGGCUUAACGGAGGAGAGGAAAAUUUCUCUUCAAAGAAUGAUCCUAGUAACGCCUAUGUACUUCAGCAGUAUUGCAACGAUAGUACUAAGGAUCGCUCUGUAGAUAUAGCCGAAAACUCGCCUAGCAUAGAACAGCAUCAUCCAACAACUUCAGAAUCUACAAUCAAAAAAAUUCAGCCUGAAAUCUGCCAUUUGUCAGACCGUCAGCACAAAGAGCGAGGAUCAAGUGCUGAAAGUAUAGAAACUGCUUUCGAGGAAGACAAACGAGAUCACAAUCUUGGCUCAAGACCCCAAAAAAGACUGAAUCAUCCGGAAAUUUCGGCUCAAGGCAACUCAUUACCUUCAAAAAGAAUCCAAAUAAGUAAUGAGAGAACUAACUAUAAUUCCCUAGAAAGUAGCGAGUAUGAAGAUGAAAUUGAAUCACCCAAGGCCACAAUGAUAAAUACCGUAACCAGGGGGAUCACGGUCCGACCUCGAACAACAUCAUCUGGUGUACAGACCCGGACUCCAUGGUCCCAUGAUGAUGAACAGCUGCUGCGAGAAGGUAUUGAGACUUACGGCUGUCGUUGGAGUUAUUUAUCAACUAUCUUGGAAGGCUGGGACAGGAGACGCGAUCAAGUCGCUCUGAAGGACAAAGCGCGGAAUAUGAAAGUCAGUUAUGUUAAGGCUGGUGUGCCACUUCCAGCAAACUUUGAUAAAGUACGACUGGGAAAGAAAGAGGUUGCUUCUAUAAGGAACGUUAUUCCCGAUUACGAUCCUGAGAAUUGA